UCUUCCCUUCACUGGACUAGGCGAUUUCCGGUAAGUCGGAAAUCCCUUUUUUCUUCCUUUCUCCGGUCACGUUCCCUUUUCCGGCUUGUAUUUCCCUUUUUCGGCUUUUUCUUUCCCUUUUCCAUUUUACCUUUAUUCGGGAUGUGGGGGAUGUCUAGAAGGUAGUCGGUGUCGGGGGCUUUCUACGAUAAGUCUUAUCAUACCAUAUAGGACUCCGGCAUGAACAUGCCACUUCCUUCCUCUUUAGUGCCGGAGGGCGAAGAGGUGGAGCUUCAUAAAGGAGGUAUGCCAGGACUUGAGGACUCAACGGUUGAGUCCUGAGAGGUCGGCGUGUUUGGAUCGAACAUGACAAGUGCCGACUUGGCAAGGGUAAGGAGGGAUUAUCAGAUCCCUAAGUCGAUGGUACAUCGUGUGCUUGAGAUAGGGUAAACGCCAGGUCGGCCUCGCAAGGGCGAGCUAGCCGUUUAUGUGGUAGCCCCGCAGUGCGGACUUCGACUGCCCCUACAUCUCGUAGUUCAGAGGGUCACCGCUGCUUUGAGGCUGGCCCCAGGUCAGCUAAUUCCGAACGCCUGGAGAGCAUUGGUCGGGACCUGCGUACUUUGGCAACAACUCGGGCAUCUCGAGCUAUCUGUGGGAAAAUUCCUGUACUUGUACAGGGUGAAAGUUAAUUCUGCAAACUUAGGGUGGUACUAUUUCUCCGCUUGGGCUAAUCGGGGCUAGGUCCUCAUCACCGACAACCCUUCUUCCAACAAAGGGUGGAAAAAUAAGUGGUUCUUCAUGUCGGGGGAGUGGGCGAACCCGGCGAUCGGUGUUCUUGUUGAAUUCAUGAGUCCAGCGAGCCUUCCUCGAACGCAGCCCGAGCUCUCUUCAUCACAGCUUCAGCGCGUAGCUCGUGCAAGGUUGUUGGAACCCGACAAGAGGAACCGAAAGAAGCUGAUCACUCCUCACUCUCUUCCAGACCGGUAUUUCUAAAGUUGCUCCCAGGCUAGCAGACAUGUCCGGAAAUCCUCGCUCUUCAAAGAAAAUGAAGUUGCUCUCCCCGACUGAGGUGGAGCGGCUCAGGAAGGCGGUGAAGCAAGGGGCUUCUCGUUGGGGCAAGGCACCUGGUGGGGUCACGGCCAAUCCCCCGCCUGGGAUCCCAACACUUGGUGAACAGCUCGAGGCUACUGCAGGUACGACGGCCUCUACUGCUGCUGUUGUUGCUCCUGUUCAUGGAGUUGAGGGCGGGACUCCUACUGCUCAUGAAGCGGAGGAAGGGGACUCCACCGCUCAUGGAGUUGAAGAGGCUUCUGCAGCUCGUGGGGUUGAAGCCCCCACUGUUCAUGAGGCAGAGGAAAGAGCCUUCGCUAACCACGAAGUUGAAGAGGCUCCUAUAGAUCGCGGGGUUAGAGCUCCUUCUCCUCAUGAGGCCGAAGGUAGCGGAUCGACUUCCGCAUUGGGCCCUUUGGCGAAGCUUACCGAGUGGGCAUCCCGCCAUGUGGUUGAGGACGACAUCACAGCCUUGUUGGCCCUUCACCCAAUGGACGUGCUGCGGGAGGUGUCAAUCUCCCUUCUGAAGGCAGCUCCCGCUCUCUUGGCCACUCGUCUAACUUUCAAGGACAUCGGGCUGGAUUACGAGAAGCUAGAGGCCGACCUUAAGGCCAAGAUCUCUGAGCUCGAGGUCGUCGCGCUUGAUAGGGAUGCGGCCGUUGCUCAGUCGGAAGCCUUGCAGGGGGCUUUGCGAGUACUGGACGAGGCCCUUCAAGAGGGCGUUUCAAGGCGGUCCGAGUUGGAGGACCUGAGGCUACGGUUUUCUUCCCUAGAGUCUGAGAAGCUGAGGGCCGAGGAAGAGCUCGCGGAGGCGACUUCCAAGUCGGCAGAAGUUGCAGCUCGAUUGGCUGAGGUCGAGGCGUCAAUUCCUAGGGUGCAAGCGGCGGCUGUUAAAGCUUUUAAAGCUUAUGAGGGACGAGCUGAGGAGCUUGAAGAAUACUUUGACAUGGGUUAUGCUCGAUGCGAGGAGCUUGUCAAGUUGAAGUACCCGGAUCUCGACCUGGGCUGUUUGGCUGAGGAGGUUGCUGAGACUUCUGUUCUUGCCGAGGUUAGGGCUGAUGAGGUCGCUGGGGCGCCUAUUCCCGCAGAAGCUCAGGCCAAAGACCUCCCUUGAAGACCGGCUGAGGGCCUGUAAUUUAUUUUUCUUUUGCUCAUGUAAUCUUGACUCUUUUUUUUUUUUUUUUGUCUUAUUAAUGAAUGAGCUUCUUGGAACA